UUUAAUUUCUUGUUUGUUUUAGCGGUUAGCUUCGCACGUGUAUUUUCGCGUCCACACGAUUCCUGAACGACAGAACCUGCGACCGCGAGCUUCACGAGUGACAACCUCACCUAACGCUUGUCAUCUCGCCAAACCCAUUUCUUUUAUUCCUCCUACGCCAUCAGUGUCAGUCACCGGCACUGUUCUCUACCAGAACAAGAGAGGAAGUUGGAGACCCUCUAUCUCUCUUCCCCCCUAAAAGUCUACUUCAUGGCUUCUACUGCAACUGGGUCCACCUUUCGUUUCUCUCUCAAACCCUCCGCGGACUCCUGUCUCUCCCACAUUGAUACCUCUUCUCUGUUUCUCCGGUGCCGGAAUCGCACUGUAAGACAUCCAUCGAUUUCCUCUGGUUUGAUGGGGAUGAAUCGAAUCAUCGACCCUCUAUUGAAAUGCGAUCGAAUUCGAUCUACGGUAUCGGCGACGGCGAGCCAGGCUGAGGUAAUGGAGCAGUUGCCCGUGAAAACGAACUCUAAGGUUUCGACGAUUGUUGAUGUUGAUUUGGGGGAUCGAAGCUAUCCGAUAUAUAUAGGUGCUGGACUUCUUGAUGAACCCGAUCUUCUUCAGAGGCAUGUUCAUGGAAAGAGAGUUCUUGUGGUCACCAACACUACCAUUGCACCAUUGUACCUCGAUAAAGUUAUUAAGGCUAUAACCUGUGAAAACUCAAAUAUUUCUGUUGAUAGUGUGAUUUUACCAGAUGGUGAGAAGUACAAGGACAUGGAAACUCUUAUGAAGAUUUUCGACAAGGCCAUUGAGUCACGGUUGGAUCGACGCUGUACAUUUGUCGCCCUUGGAGGUGGUGUGAUUGGUGAUAUGUGUGGGUUUGCUGCUGCUGCUUUUCUGCGUGGUGUAAAUUUCAUUCAGAUCCCAACAACUGUGAUGGCACAGGUAGAUUCUUCAGUGGGUGGCAAAACUGGAAUAAACCAUCGACUGGGGAAAAACUUGAUUGGUGCUUUCUAUCAGCCUCAGUGUGUGCUUGUAGAUACAGACACAUUAAACACAUUACCUGAUAGAGAAUUAGCUUCAGGUCUUGCUGAAGUUGUUAAGUAUGGACUUAUUAGGGAUGCCGAGUUUUUUGAAUGGCAAGAGAAGAAUAUGCAUGCAUUAUUAGCAAGGGACCCAAGUGCACUUGUUUAUGCUAUCAAGCGAUCAUGUGAAAACAAGGCUGAAGUUGUUUCCUUGGAUGAGAAGGAAGGUGGACUGAGGGCAACAUUGAACUUGGGUCAUACGUUUGGCCAUGCAAUAGAAACUGGGUUUGGCUAUGGCCAGUGGCUCCAUGGAGAAGCCGUUGCAGCUGGCACGGUCAUGGCUGUGGACAUGUCGUAUCGCCUCGGCUGGAUUGAUGAAUCUAUAGUAAAGCGGACCCAUCAAAUUUUGCAGCAGGCAAAGCUACCCACUGCCCCACCUGAAGUUAUGACUGUGGAGAUGUUCAAAUCUUACAUGGCGGUUGAUAAGAAAGUUGCGGAUGGACUACUUAGGCUUAUCCUCCUGGAAGGUCCUCUGGGUAACUGCGUUUUUACUGGAGAUUACGAUAGAAAGGCCCUAGAUGAAACUCUACAUGCAUUUUGCAAAUCUUGAUAUCAGACUGGCCGAUAUAUCCCUAGCCAUAUUUGCUUCACUCAUGUUAUACAGGUUGCUAUUUGCCAGCAUUCAGUCGCAAUGGCUUUUUCCCUUCAACAAUAGCCUUGGGAAAACCCUCAACAGAAUUUUGCCGGCUGCGGUAGUGCAAUGUCUUCAAGAAUUUACAGUUAUGUUUGCUGAUUUGUAUGUAACAUAUGAGUAACGAAUUUAUCUCCAAAUCUAAAAGCUACUAUAGUUUCUUCA